AUGUCGAAGCGCGUAGCAGACGUCGAGGAUGUCGCCGGCCCGCUCAAGGGCGGUGACCGGCCCGAGGCCAUGGAUGUCGACGACAAGACCCAAGCGGACAUUGGGGAAUUCGAGGACGAGUUCGAGGACGAGUUCGAGAGCGAAGAUGAGAUUUUCGAGGCUGGCGUGGACGGGAGGCCAGAUGCAGAGCGCGAGGCUGAAGAGGCAGCAGACGGCGCAAUGGAUGUCGAUAGCGGCCCGGGGACGUUCAUCGUCGGCCGUACGAAGCUCGAGCCGGGGCAGACUCUGGCGCCAGACCCGACUACGUACGAAAUGCUUCACAAUCUGAGCACACCGUGGCCCUGUCUCUCAUUCGAUAUCAUCAGAGACAACCUCGGCGACGGCCGCAAGGUCUACCCCGCGACCAUGUACAUGGUGGCGGGGACACAGGCGGAAAGCGGCAAAGCAGAUGAGAACAAGCUCAUGAUUAUGAAGUUCAGCGGCUUGAGCCGCAUGGAGCGCGAACACGGGGAAGAUUCAAGCGAUGACGAGGAUGACGACGACGAGGAUGCCGACCCGGUUCUCGAAUCAAAGUCAAUACCGCUCAAUUCCACGACAAACCGGGUCCGGGCACAUCAUACGCCGUCACAAGACCCUUCCAAACCCCCGACCACCCUCACUGCGACCAUGACCGAGUCUACAAACGUCUACAUCCACGACAUCACCCCCCAUAUUGCAUCUUUCGAUACCCCGGGAACGGUCAUCACCCCCCAGCAGAAUAAGCCCGUGUCGACCAUCCGCGCCCACAAGUCGGAAGGCUACGCCGUGGACUGGUCGCCUCUACACCCGGCAGGGAAGCUGCUCACGGGAGACAACGACGGCCUGAUAUACGCGACCAUGCGGACCGACGGCGGGAGCUGGGUGACGGACACGCGGCCCUUCCAAGGCCACACGAGCAGCGUCGAGGACAUCCAAUGGAGCCCGUCCGAGGCAUCCGUCUUCGCGUCGGCGUCGAGCGACGGCACGGUCCGGGUGUGGGACGUGCGUAGCAAGAGCCGGAAGCCGGCGCUGACGAUGCAGGUCAGCGACACGGACGUCAACGUGAUAUCGUGGUCGCGGAAGACGACGCACCUGCUCGCGUCGGGCGCCGACGACGGGCAGUGGGCGGUCUGGGACCUGCGGCAGUGGAAGCCGAGCGCGACGUCGACGCCUGAGAGGCCGACGCCCAUCGCCAGCUUCAACUACCACAAGGAGCAGAUCACGAGCGUCGAGUGGCACCCGUCCGACGACAGCAUCGUGGCCGUGGCGGCCGGCGACAACACGGUCACGCUGUGGGACCUGGCCGUGGAGCUGGACGACGAGGAGAGCAAGGACACGGCCGGCGUCACUGAUGUGCCGCCCCAGCUCCUGUUUGUGCACUACCAGCAGAUGGCGAAGGAGGUCCACUGGCAUCCCCAGAUACCCGGCUCGCUGGUGGCCACGGGGGAGGAGUUCAGCGUGUUCCGGACCAUCAGUGUUUGA